CUGUCCCAUUUCCUCCAAGCCACCGGCUCACAGCGAAGGAAGUGUUUGACAAUGAUGGAAAACCCCGAGUGGAUAUCCUAAAGGCACACCUUAUGAAGGAAGGAAGGCUGGAAGAAAGUGUUGCUUUGAGAAUAAUAACAGAGGGUGCUUCGAUUCUGCGCCAGGAAAAAAAUUUGCUGGAUAUAGAUGCCCCAGUUACUGUUUGUGGGGAUAUCCAUGGACAAUUCUUUGACUUGAUGAAGCUGUUUGAAGUGGGAGGUUCUCCUGCCAACACACGAUACCUUUUUCUAGGGGACUAUGUUGACAGAGGAUACUUCAGUAUUGAAUGUGUGCUUUAUUUGUGGGCCUUGAAAAUUCUUUAUCCCAAAACACUGUUUUUACUGCGUGGGAAUCAUGAAUGUAGACAUUUAACAGAGUAUUUCACAUUUAAACAAGAAUGUAAAAUAAAGUAUUCAGAACGUGUGUAUGAUGCCUGCAUGGAUGCCUUCGACUGCCUUCCCUUGGCUGCUCUGAUGAACCAACAGUUUCUAUGUGUGCAUGGUGGCCUGUCUCCUGAGAUCAAUACUUUAGAUGACAUCAGAAAAUUAGAUCGAUUCAAGGAACCACCUGCAUAUGGACCUAUGUGUGACAUCCUCUGGUCAGAUCCACUAGAGGACUUUGGAAAUGAGAAGACUCAGGAACAUUUCACUCACAACACAGUCAGAGGGUGUUCAUACUUCUACAGUUACCCUGCUGUAUGUGACUUCCUACAGCACAAUAACUUAUUAUCUAUACUUCGAGCUCAUGAAGCCCAAGAUGCUGGGUAUCGUAUGUACAGGAAAAGCCAGACAACAGGCUUCCCAUCACUAAUUACAAUUUUUUCAGCACCAAACUAUCUAGAUGUAUACAAUAACAAAG